GUCGAUUGCUGUCGAUCGGGCGAGCGUAUCCAUGAUCUUGAAACUCUGUAAAUAAUAAAAAGGAGGUUUAUAAAUUAUAAGGCGUGCUUCUAUUUAAUGAGUAUGGAAUCAAAUAGCUGAAAAUUUUAUGCUACUUGGGGGCGUCCCUGCUUUAGAACCCAGAGCCCUGUGUUUAAUUCUAUACGACACAGCAAUAAACCCGCCCGGAGCGCUAGAGGGCAAUCAAAAUGGCGCAAGUUGGAGCUAACAUGGAGUACCAGGAGUACAAGUGGGCUUAUUCAAUUAUGGACUCUUCCAAGGUGUCUGCGUGUUUGAUUUCGAUGCUGCUGAUAGUGUAUGGCAGUUUCCGAUCGUUAAAUAUGGAGCGUGAGGCGCGAGAAAGAGCCGAGAAGGAGCGCGAGGCGUCUCUCUUGGGCGGGAAACCGCCUACCACAUCCUCAUCCAACAAUAAUGUACAAACUCUGAACACAAUGCAAGCGUUGUGUUUCCCGCUGGGCUCGUCGGUGGCGCUGCUUAUCAUGUUUUUCUUUUUCGAUUCCAUGCAGACUCUGGUCGCUAUAUGUACAGCCAUAAUAGCGUGCGCGGCCCUCGCGUUCCUGCUGACGCCCCUGUGCCAGUACGUGGCGGGGGGAGGGGGGCGGGGCGCGGUGUGCGGACGGUACUCGAUGCCCGAGCUGGCGGCCGCGCUACUCGCCGCGUCGAUAGUCGCCGUCUGGGUGCUCACCGGUCACUGGCUGCUGAUGGACGCGAUGGGCAUGGGGUUAUGUGUGACGUUUAUCGCUCUUAUACGGCUGCCUUCGCUGAAGGUGUCCACGUUACUGCUCACCGGGCUCCUUCUGUACGACGUGUUCUGGGUCUUCUUCUCGUCAUACAUAUUCACCACUAACGUAAUGGUGAAGGUUGCGACCAGACCGGCCGAGAAUCCUAUGAACGUGGUCGCUCGUCGGUUACAGUUGGGCGGCGCUAUGCGUGAUGCGCCCAAACUGUCUCUGCCCGCCAAACUAGUGUUCCCAUCUAUGCAUCACCAGGGACAUUUCUCUAUGCUCGGUCUCGGAGACAUUGUGAUGCCGGGGUUACUGCUCUGCUUCGUGCUUCGCUACGACGCGUACAAGAAGGCCACACUUGUUUGUCAGAUGGGCCAAGUGCCUGGACCUAGGUCUAUGGGUUCCCGUCUGACUUACUUCCACUGUUCGUUGCUCGGUUACUUCCUCGGUCUGCUGACGGCCACCGUGUCUGCGGAGGUAUUCAAGGCGGCUCAGCCCGCGCUAUUAUACCUGGUGCCGUUCACGCUGCUGCCACUACUCACCAUGGCAUACGUCAAGGGUGAUCUGAGGAGGAUGUGGAGUGAACCAUUUAUAGCGCCACCUAACGGCAAAGGCGGCGCAGACUUCGACGUGUGACGUCCCCAUUGUGUAGCGACACAAACGUUUUGUUACAAAAGUAUAAGCUCUAAGGAUAUACUAGAUACUCAAUAAAAUAUUGAGUAUUAAGCUCUUACGGUUGAACUCACUCCACUUCAGUGAAAAUUUGCGUGUAUUAUUGAUUUCUUAUUGAAUUUUAUUGAAAUAUAAUAUACCAGAUAUAUAAAACAUAUUGAAAUCUUUUAUAAUAAUGACGUAUUUUUUUACUGAAAUGGACUUUUAAUUUAUGCAAGCCUCGGUCCAGACAAAAAACGAUCAAAGUGUUUUUCUUUAUGAAUUGAUCGUGAAUCUUUGAGAAUAAGUCGAACGAGUGUUGCAUGGUUGUUUAUGAUUCUAUAAACAUGUGUUUGAAUAAAAGCAAAUCAGAUUGUUCGCAGUCAAGACUAGAAAAAUUUUAGAUGCAAUGAAUAUUGAUUUUAAUUCGUAACAAGAUAAGGUUCAAUGAAUUAAGUUGUCAAGUGGUUCUCAAAUUUUUAAAUGGAUACUCACUUAUUUACUCUUCAAACUGGAAUCCAGAAAGCCUUAGACUCUCGUAUGCGUCUAAUGACAAAUUUAAAUUCUAUUUCCUAAGCAACAAUGAUUCGAUUCUUCUGAAUCUUGAAAACACACCGUCGCCAAUCGGACUAGAUCUCAAUACGGAAUUAGAGAAAAUUGAUCAAAUCAUAAUGCCUGUGUAAUAUUAAUACACCAUUAUUCUUUAAAUUUAAAACUUAACUACCGAACAAAUAAAGCUUAUUUUGUUAUAACAAUGUAAUCUGUAGACACGUAAAAAGCGCUGUUACUGCAAAAUACAAAACCGAUCCAACAGAUAUUAGUUAUAACCAAAUUCCAUUAAAACCUUUUCAAAAGUAGUUAAUUAUUUUCUCGAAUAUUCUUUCCUAAUAACUUUAUUUAGACAAUCAGUAACCCAAAAUAAGUACACUUGCCAAUGAUUAUUUCGUUUUUAUGUUUAGAACAUAUGUAGUUUAUCAGGGUAGGAUCAUUAAAGAUAUAAUAUAUGUUUCCAAUUCAUGCGUGUUUCUACUUCUGGAGAUUAUAGUUCAUAUAAAAUCCGUAUUUAUAUUUCGAGUCUCUGGUUUGGGAUAUAUGAAUUGUAUUUAUUAUAUGAAUUCUGAAUUAUAUUAAUUCAGCUCAAUUUUGUCUUUAUUAUGUUGAAAUUUUGUAUGCAGAUGUGCACGUGAUUACAGUAAGUUGUUUAAUAUUAUACAGUAAACGACAUUUUAAAUUUUUUCGGAAUCUUCUUAGGUCCAUAGAAACAGGGUUACACAACCUUUCUUGCUUUAUAUGAGGUUUACUUUGUAGUUUAUGGGCUUGUUAUAUGCUCUUGAAGUAUCCUAGAUCAAAAUGAUAAAUCAAGGGUUUAUAAAGUUUAUUAUUUAAUUCUUUAAAUGUUUCUAUUGUCUAAGCGCGAUUCGUUAGCUGUACUA